CGGCCUCACCUCUCUUCUCUUCAUUCCUUCUCCCUAGCAGAGAGAGGAAAUACUCUCUCUCUCUAAAAAAAAUUCUCCCUUUCUCUCUCUAAAAAGGUCACCACCCCUUUAUAUAUACAUAAUUCUAUCUGAGUAUUUCUUCAUUGUGUUAGAUACAUAUUAUUUGUAUCUGGGCUUUUCUUGAUUUGGGUGUUUUUUGAGAGAUUUGGAUUCUUUUUUUGUUCGAAUUGAUCGGACGGUGGAGAAAUUGAGUUAAGGUAUUAUGCAGGCUGAUCAGACGGUGUUAAGUUUGAGACCAGGUGGUGGUAACAGAGGUGGUGGAAGCAGAGUGCUUGGCCCUCGCUUUGAACCUUCCUCGACUAAUUCAGAUCUCCCUUUGCUUCGUCCACAUGGCGGUUCUUCAUCUAUUUCAUCUUUCAAGACUGGAGACUCACGUUUUGAGGGCCGUGAGUGUGUUAGGUAUACUCGAGAUCAGCUGCUGCAACUGAGGGAGGUGGUUGCCAUUUCUGAUGAUAUCCUUCGAAUCAAACAAGAAGUUGAAUCUGAAUUGUUUGGUGAAGAUGGCAGUCGAAGUCGUGCAGACACCAAUGUGCAGGUCCAAUCUCAGACUCGUUAUUCUGAGCCAGAUAGCCGUGACUGGCGUAGCAAGUCAUCACAAUUUUCUGCCCCCGCAGAGGACAGAUCAUGGGACACUCUACGAGAAAACAGAGAAUUUGGUGGCCGGCAAGAACAGCUUAACUCACAGUUUGCAAGAACUCAAAUAUCUCCCAACCGAGGGGGAGGACCUGCUCCUACACUUGUCAAAGCUGAGCUGCCAUGGUCAGUUCGAAGAGGCAAUCUUUCUGAUGAAGCUCGUGUCUUGAAGACUGUGAAGGGUAUCCUCAACAAGCUGACUCCAGAGAAGUUUGAUCUCCUCAAAGGUCAACUGAUAGAUUCAGGGAUAACAAGUGCAGACAUCCUAAAGGGUGUUAUUUCCUUGAUAUUUGACAAGGCUGUGUUGGAACCAACAUUUUGCCCGAUGUAUGCCCAACUGUGUUCUGAUCUUAAUGAAAAGCUGCCUCCAUUUCCCUCUGAUGAACCUGGUGGCAAAGAGAUUACGUUCAAGCGCAUUCUGUUGAAUAACUGUCAGGAGGCAUUUGAAGGUGCUCACAAGCUGCGAGAAGAGGCGAGGCAAAUGACAGCCCCUGAUCAGGAGUCAGAACGCAAGGACAAAGAAAGGUUGAUCAAAUUGCGGACUCUUGGCAAUAUUAAGCUUAUUGGCGAGCUUUUGAAGCAAAAGAUGGUCCCUGAAAAGAUUGUUCACCACAUUGUUCAGGAACUAUUAGGACAAGAUCCCACAAGCUGUCCGGAAGAAGAGAACGUUGAAGCCAUCUGUCAGUUCUUCAACACCAUUGGCAAGCAGCUUGAUGAGAACCAAAAAUCAAGGCGCAUCAACGAUGUGUACUUUAAUCGGUUGAAGGAACUAUCAACGAACCCCCAGUUGGCUCCCCGACUGCGGUUCAUGGUUCGUAAUGUGCUGGACUUACGUUCCAAUAGCUGGGUCCCUAGGCGGGAAGAGGUGAAAGCAAAAACCAUCACGGAGAUUCACUCUGAAGCAGAAAAGACCUUGGGCUUGCGUCCUGGUGCCACUGCAAGCAUGAGAAAUUCCCGUGGUCCUCCGGCUCAAGGGAGUUUGAGCCCUGGUGGCUUCCCUAUCAAUCGGCCAGGCACUGGUGGUAUGAUGCCUGGAAUGCCCGGAAAUAGGAAGAUGCCUGGUACACCUGGGAUGGAUAAUGACAACUGGGAAGUUCCUAGAUCCCGCUCUAUGCCAAGAGGUAAUGGACCACUGGUUCAGGCUGGUGGACGAAGUCAGCCACCAUUGGUUGGCAAGUCGCCCGCAUUGAACCCAAAACUUCUGCCUCAGGGUAGUGGUGGUUACGUGAGUGGCAGGCCUAGUGCCCUCUUGCAAGGUAGUGGUGCUCCUCCUGCUCACCCUACGGGCUAUGGUAUUGGCAUGAACCCUGCAUCACAGGUUCCCGGACCGGUUAGACCACCUUCAACAAUUGUUGUUUCUCCAGUUGUUGCAAAACCCCAGGCUCCUGCUGCAAGUUCGACACCUGAUGUACUAAAGAGAAAAACUGCAUCUCUUCUUGAGGAAUAUUUCAGUGUUAGGCUUCUGGAAGAAGCUUUGCAGUGUGUUGAGGAGCUCAAAUCCCCAGCCUACCAUUCUGAGGUUGUCAAAGAAGCAAUAUCAAUUGGUCUAGACAAAAGCCCACCAUGUGUUGAACCAGUUGCACAGCUUCUCGAACACUUGUUUGCGAAGAAGGUUUUUACUGCUGGGGACUUGGUCACUGGAUUCUUGAAUUUUUCCUCUCUGCUGGAUGACCUUGCCAUGGAUCUUCCAAAAGCACCGGUAAAUUUUGGUGACAUAAUAUCAAGACUAGUUUUGGCUGGAGCUUUCGACUUCAAGGUGGUCAAUGAGAUCUUGAAGAAGGUAACCGAUGAUCUAUACCAGAAAGACGUAUUCACAGCUACAAUGGGAUCUAUUAGCUCUAGUCCUACAGGCCAAGCAGUAUUGGAUUCACAAGCAUCCGAUGUUGAGGCAUGCAAAGCUCUCUUUCAAUAAAAGCUCGAUCAACUCUUUGAGAAGAUCGAUUUUCUGUAACCUCAGUAGAUGGAAUGUACUCAAAACUCACUUUUCAGCAUUUCUUGUUGAUGUCCAAUGGAGUUUAGAGCAACUGAACCGCAGGAUGGUCGAGAGCAGGUUGAUUUUUAAGUGAGUUGUAUUUUUUGUUUUCCCAAGGUGAAAGUAGUAUGUUGAAAGAAAGAUUUUGCCUUUUGAGGAUGGUUAAUUGUGUACUUCAUAUUUGCUCUAGGCAAAGAGGCCCUUAUUUUGUAUUUCAUUAGUUAUUUAUUUAUCUCCUCUCUUUUGACUAGAUGGAUUAAAAGUUUUGUCAAAUCUGUUGAGUUCAUACUUCAACUCCUUGAGCCUUU